AGAAUCCAUGAAUUUUUAAGCAAGCAAACAAGCAUUUGAUCCAAAAUAUGUUGCUCUCAGAGUCAGUGAACUCUAGUUUGGCAGAUCUGCAUGACUCCUGCAACUAGGAAUGCUGUGCUGAACAUGCAGAACUUUGAGUCCCCAGAAGAGCCCACCAGGAACGGGUUUGCUCAAAGAUAUGAUGGCACUUUGUGAGCCCUGAUGUCACAGCAGGAGGAGACAUUUGAGAGAGGGGUGUUUGAGCUUGAUUGACAACCCAGAAUGAACUUCAGGAGUUCUGCUAUGCCAGGGUUGAGAGAGGCAUUCUCAGGAGUGUAGUGGUGUUUUGGUGUCACCUGGGGUCUCUCAUUUGCUCAGCAGGCUGUGUUUGUACAAAUACACAGCAAACUGGGCUGCUAAGUCUGAUUCUGCUUCUUCUGUGGCCGGUGGCUUUUAAAACAAACCAGACGUUUUUAGUGAAGGAGCCAUAAGACAGAGAAGCCUGGAAAGAUUAAAGCUGCAAGAACAGGAGCACAUUUGAAAAAGGGGGAAAAAAAGAGAGGGGGUUGAAAGAAAAAGACGUGGUGAUGGAAAGAAGUUCAAGAGAGAAAAAGGAAAGCUAAGCGCGAGAGGAGAGAAGAGAGGCAGAUAGAUGGAGAUGAGGAACAUCCCCCAAAGCAGCAGAAGGCACCGGCUGAAGAACAGCACUGGCCAGAGAAUAUGCCUGAAUGGGAAGAAAGGAAAUCCCUGCUAGCUCAGAGAAGAGUGGAGUCUGUCAGACUGCUUACAGUGCUGUUAAAGCGUGUGAAAUUGGCAAGUCAAAAAGUGGAUCCCUCACUGGGUGUAAAGAAGGACAAUUCAUUUUCUGAAACAGCAUUUAAAGACAUUCAGCAGGAGCUGAUUAACUCCCUUUAUCGUACGCACAAAGAGCUGAAGCGUAAGGAGUUGAAGUGCCCGUUAACCCACAAAGGUAGUGCUUUAUGCUGUGAGGAAGGAGAUGUGAGGAACUUCCAUGCACCUGCUUGUCACAUAGUCAGGACAAUUUCAAAUGAUCCCCCUGCAGCCCCCAGCUCUGACGGCGAGCCUGGCAGAGAUGUGAGCAGCUCCUCCCGCCGAGGCCGCGCGCCUUUGCUGAUCACGGUCACCCAGGACGGCAGGGUCAUCGAGCCUCUCCCUGGAAGGCACCGCCCUGCACGGGAUGCAGUUCACACGCAGACAGUGUCUGAGGAAGAUGACUGCAGAAAGCAAAAGGUUUAUGAGACUGAUGAAUUCAUCCAUUAUUUGCUGAACUACUAUCAGACACCACACUAUGCACGUGUUUGCUUAGAGCCAAAAACCACUGUGAACAAGUCCCGGUGGAAGCGAGUGGUGUCUGAUGAUGGUAGUGGGUUUGACACCAGCUUGAGUAGCCAACAUGGUCAGCACUUCAGAGAAUUGAGUCCUGUACAGAACCUCCACAAGAGAAAUUGUAGUAGUGAUAGUAAUUAUAGGCUGGUGAUCACUCUUGGGGAACUUGAGUCAACAGACAAAGUGUUAGAAAGCAAGGUCCAUGGGGGCAAGCUUGUAAAAAAGCUGCAGGUGCAGAGGAAUGACUCACUCACUGUUGAUAAUGUACCACAUGCUGGACUGAAUCAUUCUUUGGAGUGCACUACUGUUACUCAUAAUGAGGAAUUCAAACAAGAACAUGGUAGAGAUGAAGGCACUGUACCAUAUGGAACAUGUAGAUCUGCUUGCAGAUUAAAGGAUUUGUUGGAAGAGAUCAGUGAUUCUGAGUACUUUAGAGAGGCAUGUGGCGGCUCAGUGAAGAGAGCAGAAAGAAGGUAUGAAGAAAUUUACAGCAGUUGUAAUAAAGGGUGCUUGUCUGCAAGAGCUGGGGAAAGAGAAUUACUGGUUUACCCUAAAAAUGUAGCUCUGGAAGGCCAAGAGAAGGAAAUCAGCCAAUAUAACUCCUGUUCUAAUUCUGUCCAUGAGGGCUUGGCAAGGCAGUGUGAACGUAAACUUAAAAAGUCAUGCAAGAGGUCUAGUAGUAAAUUAAGAUAUGAAGGAAAGAAAAGUGAGAGACAAUCCAGGGAAAAGGAGAAAAAUGCUCAUAAAAUGAAGAAAAAGCGAAAAAAGCUUUCUUCUAAUCUUUUAUCUGAUGAAUGUGGCUUUUCAGAGACGGACAGUUGCAUGCAGCUGGAGUCGCUCAGAAAGAUACAGAGAAAAUGUAAGAAAAUGUUGCACAAAAAAGUGAAAUUCAAGACACAUCACACCUCUGUGGCAGCACCAGAUGUUACCCCUGAUGGUGGCUCACCCCUUCAGGAGACUCCCCAGAGGAGAGGAGAUGAGAGGAAAUUAAUGUUGAGAAGAGAGAUGGAUGCAGAUGUCAGAGGAUGCCCUCUAUUUCCUCUUGAGAUAAUUCAGACAAACCCCUUCUCAGAUAAUUUCUGUGGAGGAGAGCCCAGAAGAGGAUGCUGAACAGCUACUGUAUUAUAGCUCUGAAGUUUUUAUAAACAAGUGGGAGAACAAAGCCCUUUGAUCAUUAAAAGGUGUAUGAACUACUGGGUUGGUUUUUGAUUUUUUUUUUUCUUACAUAAUUCCUUUGGUUAGAAUAUCAAACUGGUGAAGUGAGCCACAGAAGCAGAAUUUGUGUUUGCCUUUUGGAUAACUUUUGGACCAAAACUUUCCCCAGAGCCAGGACAAACUUUCAUGGACUAGUGGCUAAAGAACUUGAAGGGACACAGACUGAGAUCUUGGAGCAUUACACUUUGAUUGAAUGCAGAGAAUCAUGUAAAUUACAGUAUUUACUAAUAAUGAGUCAUUGGGAAAAAAACCUAAUUGUCAAUCCUGGAACAAGCAUAUGAAUUGUCUCCUCUGUCAGAUUGGUGGGACUGGAAGGUGUGGGGGAUAUUUAUACUCAAUUUUGAGAAGUAAUAGAUUUCCAAAUGUGAAGGAAGUCCCAUCUUCUGUAAAACCCACACUAGAAGAACCUUUGUUUACUAUUCACUACUCUAGAGGUGUUUCUGAAAACUUGCUGGCUUUUGGGAGGAUUUCACUGAACUUAUGCUCAGUGUAGUGCUUCCAGGAGUCUGAAUGGUUGUCUAAGCAAAGCUCUGGGUGUUAGAUAAUGAGAGGGCAGUGCUUGUCAGCCUGCUGACAGUCCCCAUGUAAAUGCAGGCUUACAAUUCACAAGAAUUUGAAGGCACAUGUAGUGAGGUAGCUGUUUAGUAUGAGUUUGCCUACAAAUGCUUUCCAGAGGAAUUGUGAAAUGUUGUCAGAGUUGUGCUGCAUGUAGAUAAAAAUGGGAAAAUGCAGUCUAGGAGCUUGAUUUAUAUCCAUAUUUAUUCAUCUGACUACAUCUAGAAGACAGCCACAAUUGCUUUUGGACAAAGUCCCUUAGCAAGGCACUGAGUUUGAAGUUCAAUACACUGAUUAUUACAGCUUUCAUUUUAUUAUGCUUUAUUUAUUACAUGUCAGUAGACGAAGUUAAUGUGAAAAUGUUGCCUUCAUUACAUAAGAUCUUACCCAUGUUUGUAACUUCUGCUCUAAUAAAUAGUAAUAAAAAAAAUAAUUGUAAUUGUUUGUGGUAGAUAGGUUUUCCCCCCCAUCUUCAAUACUGGUGAUUCCUACAGGCUUCUAAGCCAGGUUUUAUCAGUCUUUCUGUUCAUAUGUUCAGAUGUUGAGUGCCUUUUCAGGGUCAUGAAUGAUAAAUGGUUGCUACUCAAAGUACUGUUAAUCUAUUACUUUUAUCUAAAAAAAUGUUAUUUUCUUGACAGAAAUAUUCUCUGACUAUUUUGGAGAACCUUUAUGCCCUCUUAAGUCUCCCCUUUAGUAUUUUAUACAGUUAUCCUGAAGAGGGACUAUUGUAUUUGUUGACUGUGUAAAAUGUUUUCAGUUGCACUGAUGGGACAUACCAAGGGUGUUUUUUUCUCUAUGCAAUAUUUGCAGAUUAAAGAUAACAAAACUUCCCCCUGUAAAUCUAUACACAGUUUUGUGUCCAUGAGUACCCAUUUCCCAUGAGACAGGCCUUUUGGUGACAGGUGAGGAAAUAUUUCUUUUUGUUAAUCUGGGGCAGAAGGAACUAAAGAUUUCCUUCAGUGUAAACUUCCAGUGUUUUAUCAACAUGCUGUCACAGUAACCAAUAACAAAUAAAUACUCCAUUUCUGUAAUUGCUUCAGGUUUUCACCUGUAUUGACUGAAAUUGAUAGAGGAUUUGCUUUGUCUCCCAAGUCCUCAUUCCUUGUAAAGCACUGUUAGUUAAUAAAAUAUGCAUGCACUUUAAAA